AUGGCUUAUUUAGGGCCUUGUCGUGAUAGAAUUACGGAUAACCAGCGGGUACACUUGUCAGCAUCGGUUACUUCAUCAAACGAGAAAGCGCCACUGAUUCGCGACGGUACUCAUUCAGCAAAUGAAGAACGAGGUUCAUCUAUUUCUCCUGAUCUAGGACUACUGGAGAGUGCCUGGCAACCAAACAGACUAAUCACGUUUGCACGCCUGCUACACCAACAAGCUGGUUUUGGUGUCUUUUUGACUGAAAACUUACAUCCCUACACCUACCUGAAGUUGUUGCAUAACCAUUACAACACGUGGGAUAAGAGGUUAAUGAAAACUAUCAGAUCGUUGAUAAAGGGCGUGAAGAAACGACUACCAAACUCAGUGGAUGAACCAGGGGAGGUGUUGGGAGAAACAGAACUUGAAAAAAAAAUUAAACGUCUCUUUUCAGAGAUUCCAGACGCUGAUCAGGAACUGUAUAAUGCAUACGCCGAUCUGUAUACUGGAAGAACCGGUUUCGAGGUGAUAAAGAUACCAAAAAAAACACCUCGUGUCAAAAACGGAUCUUGA